CCAACAAAAAGUUUACCAUGCCACCGGCGUGACAAUCAUGACAACACGUUACAAAGUGGGUAUAUAUACUCUCCCUCUCAUUGCAAGAUGUACACACCAACAAAAAGUUUACAACAACAACAUUUAGCAAAGGAGAAAAUAGCAUAGAAAAAGAAGUACAAAACAUGGAGAGUGGAAGAGUGACAAUGAGCUACAAGUCCAUGUUUUUGGUGAUAAUGUUGGUGAUGGGAGAGCAAUGGUGGAACCAUCAAGUGCAAAGCUACCAGCAAUGCUUCGUGAGAUGUUUGAGGACUUGUAUUUUCGAUAUUGCCUGCACUUUUAGGUGCGGUAGCAAUUGUUUUCUCACGGAUCCUCCUGCUAUUGAAACCGGCACCCUGAGUUCGAAGAGCGGAAACAUCAACCUUAAGUUCUGCAAUUUGGGUUGUGUUGCCGCUACUCUCACUACUCAUGAUCUGUCAGCUCUUGCGAUCAUGAGUGAAGGUGAAGCAGAAAAAAGGGCAGAAAAGAUUGUGGAUGGUUGCUCAUCUUCCUGUUCCAAGAACUUUGAGUUGCAUUGAGCUAGAGCGGAUUAAGAUACUUAGAUUUGUGUUAAUCAAACUAAUUCAGAUUCUUUGUGGUAAUAAAAGUCCCAUUUUUAUGUGUUCAAAUAGUUAGUGGUAAUUAUGUGGAUUAGCUACAUAUUGGAAUUCUUUAUACCUAUAUAGUAUAGGUACAAUAAAGAGGAGGAAAAUGUGUAGUUCCUCAACUUCUUGUUUAUGUUGCUAAUUCUUUUAUAUUCUUAAAAUUUCAUAUAAUGUUUGUUCUAGUUAUCCUCUUUCUUUGUCUUUCGAUUAGUAUAAAACUGUCUUUUUUGU